UGCGGAGAAAACACAUAACCAGCACAUGAGUACUGAAAGUAUUGUUAACCGUUGGCUUGUGGAUUACUACGCAUUCCUGGCGAUAGAGUCGUUUAAAGAUAACCGAUACUCCGAUUUUUGUACAAUCAGAGAUGUGCUCCGCGAUGUGGUGUCUCGGCCUCUGGAAUCAUCACCUGUCAUAACAACAAAGUUACGAGUGUUGCAGUUUCUGUCCCGGAUAAAUGAUGGUGACAAAAUACACUCUACAUUUGACAAAAACAUGAUCACUCCACUGGAGUCUGCCAUGUUGGUGCUGGUAAACAUGGCCAAGGAAUGCAAAAUUCCUCAGCAGGACUUGGAGAACAUACACACCUCCAUAAAGGAAAUGCUAGUAAUAAUUUGCAUCAAGACCAUGGAGUUCGAGAAGGCAAAGGAGAUGCUGAAUAAACAUUUUCCCAAAGGAAUGGUUGGCAAGAAAGCCAUAUUCAUGGGUCUGAUAAAUCAGAAGAGGAAAACCCAUGAAGUCCUGGAGCAAGUGACCUUUCAGAAGUUCAAAAAAGAGAUGGUGCAGUUUUGUGAAAGCCUCCUCCCACCCUCCUUUCCCUUCCUCCACAAGGCUGCAAAACAGCUUUUCGAUCAAAGAUUUUCGAAUCAAGGAGACGACACAGAAGAGCUUCAAACAGAUGAGCAACACAAGCCUGCGCAGUCUCCUGAUGGAUUCACGGAAACAGUUCAGUUUGGGCCAUGCUCAUCUACCAGUGAGCACACAGUUAUCCAGAGGAAAAGGCUGGAGGCAGCCUAUGCGGCUUUAGCCGGAGAUUCAUGUCAACCAACCCUUGUCCAGAUAUUGGAAGAAGUGGAGAGGGAGGAGCUUAAUAAGACGAGCAAAGUCAAAGGCAAUCUCCCUCCACACCCAUCAGCCAGCUCUUUGUAUGGCACUGACAUGGAGCCAAACCUGGACAUACACUUUCCGAGAGACUCGGGUAGUCCAGUCGAGUCCUGCCGGACAGAUCAGGAGAUCUCUGAGCUGAGGACCAUGCGACGGUACACUGUGGCUCAGCUGGUGGUGGAGCCAGACAGCCUGGAAAGCUCACACUGCUCCACAGCAUUUCAGGAACAGGAAACCAGAAUCAGACCAGAGCAGUUAUUGGCACUGAACAGUGAAGAGAACCUGCUGAGCCCAGUAAAGGCAAACGAAAACAGAAAAUCAAUAAGCAAAUAUCACAGACAAGCCAGCAAAGCGCCAAACAAUGACCCCACAGUUAUCCAGAGGAAAAGGCUGGAGGCGGCCUAUGCGGCUUUAGCCGGAGAUUCAUGGCAACCAACCUUUGUCCAGCUACUGGAAGAAGUGGAGAGGGAGGAGCUUAAUAAGUCGAGCAAAGUCAAAGGCAAUCUCCCUCCACACCCCUCAGCCAGCCCUUUGUAUGGCACUGACAUGGAGCCAAACCUGGACAUACACUUUCAGAGAGACUUGGGUAGUCCAGUUGAGUCCUGCCGGACAGAUCAGGACAUCUCUGAGCUGAGGGGCAUGCGACAGUACACUGUGGCUCAGCUGGUGGUGGAGCCAGACAUCCUGGAAAGCUCACACUGCUCCACAGCAUCUCAGGAACAGGAAACCAGAAUCGGACCAGAGCAAUUGUUGGCACCGAACAGUGAAGAGAACCUGCUGAGCCCAGUAAAGGCAAAAGAAAACACAAAACCAACACGCAAAUAUCACAGACAAGCCAGCAAAGCACCAAACAACACAUCAACUGAGUUGACGCAGUCAACAGAAAAAGAUGUAGACAACCCAGUCUCCUCUGACGGCCUUCACAGAACCUCCCUACGAAAGCUAUGUAAACGUCAGGGCAGUGACCCACUCAGAAAAAACUCAACAGAGUCGAAACCGUUGUCAGACAACAGUGAUGAGGACCUACUUAGCUCUCUGGACAUCAGUACAGCCCCUGUAUGGAAGCGCCAUAAACGUCAGGCUAGCAGUUCACUUGGCAAGAACCCAAGGGGUAGUGAUGACAUGUUUCAAAUAGAUUCGUCAUCGGAUUCCUCCACCAAUCAUUCUCCUCACCCUGUCCAUCAAAAGAGCUCUACUUCUUCGGGCUCUCAGAAAAUUGCUCUCUGGAAACAGCUUUUCAACAACGCAAAAGAAACAAAUGAUACAUGGAGUGAUGAAGACUCCCUGUUCAAUGGUAAUCAACAAAAUGGCACAACCAAAGGAUCCGAUAAUGGUAGUAGCAGUUCAAGUUUAAAACACAGGAGGAGGGUGUGGACUGACGAAGAGAGCAAGAUGCUGAAAGAUGCAGUCGCCAGAUGUGGUGAGGGAAACUGGUCAAAAAUACAGUUACGCUUCCCCUUUAAAGGUCGGACAAAUGUCAAUCUGAAGGACAGAUGGAGGACGAUGAAGAAUCUAAAUAUGGUGUGAAAAGACUUAACCAGUCAUGUUAUCUUGUUUUACUUAAAACUUUUAAUUUGCAUAAACGGAAAUGUUAAUUGUUAAAUUGUAUGAAUCACUUGUUUGGUGUUUGAAUUUUGUACAUUUCUCCAUUUGAGUUUUUUUACAAGUCAUACCAAUUUCAGGUGUGUUGGUUAAUUUUAGCAUCUGAACCAAAAACGUAGGCUACAACAAACUACUCCCAUGUGUGAAAGUAUGACUCAUACAGUAAUGUAGUAUAGCCUGUUAAAAUACAUUUUAUUUGUGGGUUCCUUUCAGAGCACUCAAUGACACCUUCCAGAACACAGUUAAUAAACAAGCAGCACUGUAUCAGACAGCAUAAAAUCAAAACAAAGCAGGGUAGACAAUAUAUAUAUGGGAUGGAUGGAUAUAUAUAUCUGUGAUGGACUGGCAGCCUGUCCAGGGUGUCUCCCCACCUGCCGCCCCAUGACUGCUCGGAUAGGCGCCAGCAUCCUGUGACCCGAAUUCAGAUAAGCGGCUUGGAUAAUGGAAGGAUGGAAAUAUAUACUUGGAGAACACUAAGUCGUCUUAUUAAGCAGAGAACUUGCCGAUGUGCUUUGUUCGUGGCAGAAAAGUAUACACAUAUCAAAUAUUUGUGGUAAAAUUGACCAAUCAAACUGAUUAAUUAUGGCUCUCAAGGACUAUGAUGGUGUGAGUAAGGAAUAAUAUAGAUCGGGACAGAAAAUGAAGAGUAGUGAAACACCAUUGCAUAACUCAUUGCGUUUUACCUGCUAAAGAACUGGGUCAGAAGACAUACUACGGACAAAACAUUAGACCAAACAUUCAUAACAGAUCAUACUGCAGGCUAAUAAACAAUCUAACAAAU